CAAUGGCUUUUCUUUUAUACUUUUAGAUUUCUACCUGGACAAGGACUGGUACUAUACCCACAGAUAGGAGACAAAUUGGAUAUUAUUUGCCCCAAAGUGGACUCUAAAACUGUUGGCCAAUAUGAAUAUUAUAAAGUAUAUAUGGUUGAUAAAGACCAAGCAGACAGAUGCACUAUUAAGAAGGAAAAUACCCCACUGCUCAACUGUGCCCGGCCAGACCAGGAUGUGAAAUUUACCAUCAAGUUUCAAGAGUUCAGCCCUAACCUCUGGGGUCUAGAAUUUCAGAAGAACAAAGAUUACUACAUUAUAUCUACAUCAAAUGGGUCUUUGGAGGGCCUGGAUAACCAGGAGGGAGGGGUGUGCCAGACAAGAGCCAUGAAGAUCCUCAUGAAAGUUGGACAAGAUGCGAGUUCUGCUGGAUCAACCAGGAAUAGUGGUCCAACAAGACGUCCAGAACUAGAAGCUGGUACAAAUGGAAGAAGUUCAACAACAAGUCCCUUUGUAAAGCCAAAUUCAGGUUCCAGCACAGACGGCAACAGCGCCGGACAUUCGGGGAACAACCUCCUCGGUUCCGAAGUGGCCUUAUUUGCAGGGAUAGCGUCAGGAUGCAUCAUCUUCAUCGUCAUCAUCAUCACGCUCGUGGUCCUGCUGCUCAAGUACCGCCGCCGGCACCGCAAGCACUCGCCCCAGCACACGACCACGCUGUCUCUGAGCACCCUGGCCACGCCCAAGCGCGGUGGCGGCGGCAACAACAACGGCUCGGAGCCCAGCGACAUCAUCAUCCCGCUCAGGACUGCGGACAGCGUCUUCUGCCCGCACUACGAGAAGGUGAGCGGGGACUACGGGCACCCGGUGUACAUAGUGCAGGAGAUGCCCCCGCAGAGCCCCGCCAACAUUUACUACAAGGUAGUCAGGUGCAGCUUGGAUUCCUGCAGUGCAGACCACUGUGUUGUGGGGGACACACAGGCCACCACAUCUGGGACAUCUGUCCAGAAGCUCCGGUUCCUGCUGUGGCCCCAGGAAGACCGCACAGCUGGCCCUCAGUGUAGACUGAACAUUUCUCCUAUGCGUGCUCUGGAUCCUCCCGGAGACUUCCCAAGGCCUCCUUCCACCCAGCUGCUCUUGGUGUCCAGCUUAUAA